GCCAUAAUGCCAUAACCUUCCAAUCUAUUGACAAUUUGCUCCUCCUCAUAAGGCUCUCAGAGGAAAAGCAAGAAAAUGAGCUUCAAAGCUCUAACCCAAUGGUGCAUUUGGUUGUGUUUAUUACAGUUAUCACUAGGAGCUGUGAGGCACUACAAGUUUGAUGUAGAGUACAUGCUUCGUGAGCCAGAUUGCCAUGAGCACGUUGUGAUGGGAAUCAAUGGCCAGUUUCCUGGCCCCACUAUCAGAGCUCAAGCUGGAGACACCCUUGAUAUUGCACUCACCAAUAAGCUUUCCACAGAAGGAACUGUUAUUCACUGGCAUGGAAUUAGACAGUAUGGAACACCUUGGGCAGAUGGAACAGCUUCCAUUUCACAGUGUGCUAUAAGCCCUGGAGAAACUUUUCAUUACAGAUUCACAGUUGACAGGCCGGGUACAUACUUCUACCAUGGGCAUUAUGGUAUGCAAAGAGCAGCGGGGUUGUAUGGUUCUUUGAUAGUGGAUUUGCCAAAUGGACAAAAGGAACCAUUCCAUUAUGAUGGUGAGUUCAACCUUUUGUUGAGUGACUGGUGGCACAAAAGUACACAUGAGCAAGAGGUUGGCCUCUCUUCCAAGCCAUUCAAAUGGAUCAAUGAACCUCAGUCCUUGCUUAUUAAUGGAAGAGGACAAUACAAUUGUUCCAUGGCAGCUAAUCUUAUCAAGAACACCACCUUGCCCCAAUGCAAUUUUAGAGGUGGUGAAGAAUGUGCACCCGAGAUUCUCCAUGUCGAUCCAAACAAGACCUACAGAAUCAGAAUUGCCAGUUCCACUUCCUUAGCAUCUCUCAAUUUGGCCAUUGCGAAUCACAAAAUGGUAGUGGUGGAAGCUGAUGGAAACUACGUGCAACCAUUUACUGUAGACGAUAUCGACAUAUAUUCUGGUGAGAGUUAUUCAGUCCUUCUCAGAACAGAUCAAGAUCCGAAGAAAAACUAUUGGAUUUCAGUUGGUGUUAGAGGAAGAAAGCCCGACACAUCACAAGCCUUAACCAUACUCAACUACAAAACAAUGUCUGCCUCAGUUUUUCCUACAUCUCCACCCCCCAUCACACCUCAAUGGGAUGAUUAUAGUCGUAGCAAAGCAUUCACUGAGAAAAUUCUUGCUUUGAUGGGAACUCCACAACCUCCACUUCAUUAUGAUCGUAGAAUUUUCCUUCUCAACACACAAAACCUUGUUGAUGGAUACACUAAAUGGGCCAUUAACAAUGUCUCCUUAACAUUACCAUCAACUCCUUACCUAGGCUCUAUUAAGUUUAAACUAAAUGGUGCCUUUGACCAAAAAAGUCCACCUGAUAAUUUCUCAGCAAAUUAUGAUAUCUUGAACCCUCCUGUGAAUCCUAAUUCAAAUAUUGGAAGUGGGGUGUACAUGUUUCAGCUUAACCAAGUGGUUGAUGUGAUACUCCAAAAUGCCAAUGUAUUAAAAGGGAAAAAUAGUGAAAUUCACCCUUGGCAUUUGCAUGGCCAUGACUUUUGGGUUUUGGGGUAUGGAGAUGGAAAAUUUCAACCGGGUGAUGAGAAAAAAUUCAAUUUGAAAAACCCACCAUUGAGAAAUACUGCAGUGAUUUUUCCUUAUGGUUGGACUGCUUUAAGGUUUAAGGCUGAUAAUCCUGGAGUUUGGGCCUUCCAUUGCCAUAUUGAACCUCAUUUGCACAUGGGAAUGGGUGUGAUUUUUGCUGAAGCUGUUCAAAAUGUGAAGGCUAUUCCUAGGGAAGCUCUUGCAUGUGGCCUUACUCGGAAGAUUUUCAUGAGUAAGAAACACAAUUGAAAUUAGUAGCCACUUGUGUUUGCAUUGAAUUCAUUGAAUUUAGCUUUUUCUCAUGCAUGCCUUGUUACUCCCGUCAAUUUGUUGGUGUUAUUGUGUUAUGUUUCCAUUGACUACCUCGCAUAGGGUAGUUAUCUUUUCUCUGUU